CGCGCCCCCGGGUUGAGGGAGCUUGACGCUCUGGGGUUGCCAGGGUGACGGGGAUACAACAUGGCGCGCUGACAAGUUCUCGGCGCGGGGAGCGGAGGGCGGGGGGCCCUGGCGCUUCAGAGAGGACCCUCGCCGCCCCACACCCCCCUCCCCACCGGAGGGCACGCGCGGGGAAAGCGAGCGGAGGAUGAACAAAUAUAAAACGAUUGGUAAGAUUGGCGAGGGAACAUUUUCUGAUGUUCUGAAGGUACAAAAUUUCAAAGAUGGACAAUAUUAUGCAUGUAAACAAAUGAAACAGCAUUUUGAAAGUAUUGACCACGUGAACAGUAUGAGAGAGAUACAAGCACUAAGGCGACUGAAUCCACAUCCAAAUAUCCUCACGUUGCAUGAAGUGAUAUUUGACAAGAAAGCCGGUGCUGUGGCAUUGAUAUGUGAACUCAUGGACAUGAACAUUUAUGAACUGAUCAAAGGGAGGAAAAAACCAUUGCCUGAAGGGAAAAUAAUGAAUUAUAUGUACCAGUUAUGCAAGUCUCUUGAUCAUAUGCACAGGAAUGGGUUAUUUCACAGAGAUGUAAAACCAGAAAACAUAUUAAUAAAGCAAGAUCUUCUGAAGCUUGGGGAUUUUGGUUCCUGCAGAAGUAUACACUCCAAGCAGCCUUAUACAGAGUACAUCUCUACGCGCUGGUACAGGGCACCUGAAUGUCUUCUCACAGAUGGGUACUACAGUUAUAAAAUGGACAUGUGGAGUGCUGGCUGUGUGUUCUAUGAAAUUGCAAGUUUCCACCCACUCUUUCCUGGAUCUAAUGAACUGGACCAAAUCUCAAAAAUCCAUGAUAUUGUAGGUACUCCUCCCAAGAAGAUUCUUAAUAAGUUCAAGCAGUCACGAGUGAUGAGCUUUGAUUUUCCCAUCAGAAAAGGGAAAGGAAUCUCUCCAUUUAUGCCUAGCUUGUCAAACAAGAGCCUAACUCUUAUGUAUGCAAUGAUACAAUAUGAUCCUGACGAGAGGAUCUGUGCCCAUGAAGCCCUACAGCACCCUUACUUCAGAGAAUUAAGGUGGGAUUUUGUCUGGCUCUGUGCUGAACAGGUUGGCAGAGAAACAAGCUUUGACCAUACGCAGAAGAAUGAGAUUAGCAGAAAACCCAUUAGAAAGGGAGACUCUCAGCUUGCGUCGUAUUUCAAAGGAGGAUCAAAGGCAGGUGUGAUUACAGAACACAAGCAGCGCUACUCGGGAAGAACCAUUUUGGUUAACUUUCUUAGGAGAGCCCAGGAGAAUCCACUGGGACGUCGUGGAUUUCCCUAUACAGUGGAGUUGCCCAAACUGGCUGUUCCUGAAGUAACCAACUUGACUUCUUACCCUAAUCCUCCAUUUCAGUCAGUUUUUCCUCUCCCAGCAACCAACGGGCAAGUCCAAGUGUUGCAGCCCAUAACAUAUUUUGGGACACACUGCAAGUCUGAAAGACAGAAGGAAUUUAAAUCUCCUGUGAAACACUACCACUUGCCUGCUCUGGGAAGAAGAGGUGGUUACUGAUGGACUAAGAAUCCCUUGUGCUCGCCAAUACUUUUGAAAGGUACACUAACAGCAAUAGUGCCUUAUCUUCUCAAAUGCUGCAGCAAGAUGCUACAAUAUUAUUAUUUUUGUGCUUAACUUUUAAAAAAAAGGAAAAGGAGCCUUUCUACGUGAGCACCGUUUUCAUAACUCAGUCUGCACUUCAUUUUUUUUAAAGCUCCCGAUGUACAAUUUUAUUUCCUCUUAAGUGGGUCAUACAUUUGUUCCAAUUGUGCUGCUCUGGUAGGAAUGGAAUUGUUACUACUUUUAUAUUAAAUACGAUACAGUACUUCUUAUUUAAGAUGUGUUGAAACUGAAUUUGUGUAUUUUUGUAAAUGUGACUGUGGAGAUAUAGAUUGAAGCAGCGGGGAAGGUGUUUGGUAGUUUCAAAACCCGAGUCUACUUAGCGUCUUCUGGAGUAUGUUACAUCUGAUUUGAGUGCAAUCUUGUGUAAAGAUUUGUUUUCCAAAUUAUGUAAAUGGGCAGAUUUUCUCUGCAUGCGUCGUUCGUAAGAUCAAGUUAGUCUUGCUCUUGCUCUCCCAGCAUAUUCCUGUAGCACGGAAGCUUAAACAGCAUGGGCAUGCUUUAUCAGUUAAAAUACGAUUUGUCACAUGCUCAAUACAAUUUCACUUCAAAGAACACAUUGUGGAUUUGUGCUAGAAGAGCCAAUAAUAUCUGAAAGUAUAUUUUGUGGGGGAGGGGCCUUGUAUCUGCCAGGGACAAGAAAAUUCUUAAGUCGCUUUCAGAAUGACCGUUUAAAUGAAAAAUAAAAAUGCCGUUUUAUUAAAAUACAGGGCUUUGAAAUGGUA